AUGGCUCACGACAGGCUGCUUCAAUACUCGACCGCAACUACUUCCAUCUUGACCAACUUCUUACUGAUCUAUCUAAUAUCCUACAAAUCUCCGGAGCACAUCGGCAACUACAAAUACUUGCUCAUUUUCAUUUCCGCGUUCGAGAUGCUCUACGGCGUUUUGGAUAUUAUCGCCUCGCCGCUCAGCUUCUCCUACGGUCCCACUUUCAUUAUUAUCGUUCCGCACAAAGAGACGGUAUUCGGUGCGGACGUGGCAAUGUUCCUGAACAUUCUGUACUGCUCCUUCUUCGGCUUCUCCAUGGGCAUGUUCGUGAUCAUCUUCGCCUACCGACUUCUCGCCUCCACUGGCAGCAAUCUCCUCACCUAUUUUCCAGGCGUUCGAAUCAUUUUCUGGUUUGUUUAUCCGCUUUUCCAUGGAAUUGUCUGGGGUGUUUCUACCGCGUUUCCUCUUGCGCCAUCGCGAGCAAUGGACGAUUUUAUCAGGUGAACGAGUUGAACGGCAUUCUUCCAAACUAUGUAUCUCAGCUGUUUGUAGAUUUAUCAAAAAGUGGCCAACUAAUAAAAUAUACACAAGAUCUUAAUAAACAAUUCAUUAGUUGACAACUUUUUGAUAUCUCUUCCGUCAGCUGAGAUAUAUCGUCUUGAACAAAUAGGUUCAGAGAAAGUAUAACUGAAAAGUUUAACAUGUCGCUCGACGAUGUGGCCUACACAGGCAUGCUGUUUUUCUCGUAUGAAGAUAACAAACGGAUUAUACAUCACAAUUCAGUGCUGGCAACUUUAGUUCAAUGGACUCUCACGGUAGUUUACAAAACGAUGUCUACAAUAUCAGUUCCACAUUCAGACCUUGUCCUUACUCAUGGUCAUCGUUUUCGGAUUCAAGUGCUAUUAUCGCAUCAAUGCACUGCUCAAAGUACAAGCACAAAUGUCUGGAGUGAUGCGGGAAACUCAGACGCAACUCUUCGUAGCGUUAGUUGUUCAGGUACCCUCCCUCCACAUCCUUCUUCUCCCCAUUUCCAUUCGAUUUUUGAGGCGCUAAUCCCUUUAAUUCUGAUGCACAUCCCCGUGCUCGCCCUCUACACGUGUUCUCUUCUCAAUAUCGACAUGGACGCCACGUUCGUCUGCGUUACCAUUUCACUUUUCCCGGCGUUGGACCCGUUUCCAACGUUGAUCAUCAUCAAAAGCUAUCGAGAGGCUACACUUGGUGAGUGAAGAAUUCGACUGAGCCGAUGAGAGUUUUGAUGUUUUCAGAUCUUCUCAAAAGUGCGUUGAGAAUUGUGAGUGCGCAGCUGUUUCUCUGAAAAUAAUGCAUACAAAUUCAUUUUCAGAAAAGAUUCACGCCAAAGUUUAAGAUUUCACAGACUGCGUCACCGAGCUGA